AUGCGCUACACUACUGUUCCCAUCCUUCUCAGCCUCCUUCUUUCAUCCCCAUCCCUCGCCGCACCCAACGAACCCUGCUAUGGCCCCAGCGGCAUCGCAGGUGUCUGUAUCACCGAUGCAGCCUGUAGUUCCGCCGGCGGUACCUCCAUCUCUGGCGCAUGUCCCGCCGAUGCAGCUAACAUCAAAUGCUGUUCCAAGCCCAAGUGUUCCUCUGGCAACUGCCGCUGGACGUCUGACUGUGCUGGCACCUCCGCAGCCGGCCAGUGUCCCGGUCCAUCGCAGAUGAAGUGCUGCUCCUCGGCCGCUACUGGCUUUGGAGGGUACUCUGCGCCAACGAUCCCAGCUGUGGGAGCUUGCAAGUCGGUUUCUGUCAAUGCGGCUAAGAAGGUCGUUGCUGCGUUCCCUGGAAGAAUCAGAGAGAUCGGAUGCAAAAGAGACUGCUCUUGUCCUGGAAGUUCCGACCAUUGCUGUGGUCUCGCGACCGACUUUAUGUGCUCUGAUGGCGGCGGUUCUGCUACACUCUCUGGAAAAGAGAUUGCCGAGUGGUGCAUGAAGAACCGCAAUGCACUCAACCUCAAGUACGUCAUCUGGGGACAAAAGAUCUGGACUACUUCGGUAGACAAGACAGAAAAAAAGUGGGAGAACUGGCGAACCAUGGAGAAGCGAGACGGCUUGACCCAAAACCACUGGGAUCAUGUCCAUGUCUCAUACAAUGGAUAA